AUGUCAGCAACACGACUCACCUCGCUCUCACGCUUUUCGUUGCCCCUUCACCAACAGCACCAGCACUUCUUCAAGCAACUCCCAACCCGCCUUCAAUCCCUCUCACGACCAUUGUUCCUCAACCCGACCAUUAUCGCUCGGCACAAACAGUCUAUGGCUCCCAACGACAAUUUUGCUCUCCCUGUCCCCACCAAGGCGGAUGCCAAAGUCCUUGCUGAGGCAUCCAGAUCCACCACAUCAACCUACCAGCUCCUGUACUUUCCUAUGCAUGGUCGUGGUGAAUUGACCCGUACCCUCCUUGUUUUCAGCGGUGCCAAGUGGGAAGAACUCCCUCUCGACUUGAGUGUUCAAAAGCAGCAGUUGCCAUUCAAGCUCAUCCCCAUCUUGUACGAAACCGCCCCGGACGGCACGAUCCUCGAGUUGGCAGAAUCCCACGCCAUUGAACGCUACCUGGCCACCAAAUACGGUCUCUACGGCUCCGACCCUUACUCGACCCACAAGAUUGACCAAAUCUACACUUCAACCGAUUUCGCUAACCAAUUGUUCUGGCAACGAGUCCGCUGGGCACCCCUCGACAAGCGUAUCGAAGAGGCCCACAAGUUCUACGACGAGAUCCUGCCGCCCUACAUUGCAAAUCAUGAAUCCCAGUUGGAGAAGAAUGGAGAGAAUGGGUAUUAUUUUGGGGAGAGUAUUACGUUGGCGGAUUUGAAGUCGGCGCAUUUUAUCGAUAGGGUGUUGUUUAUGAGACCAAAGGGAGCCAAGGAGCCACCGUUCUCGAAGGAGAAGAGUCCGAACUUGUGGAAGGUGCUGCAGACAGUGAAUGGACACCCGGCCAUGGCGGCGUGGAAGAAGACACAGCGAUAUCAGGAUCUUGAUGCUGGUAGCUUGAGCUUUUUCCAGUUUUGA